CGCGCGACAUCCCCCCCCCUCAGCCCUUUUCUCUCCAUUCCUCCCUCCCUUCCUUCCUUCCUUCAGCAGUAUUCUCCACCCUCACCUCCCCGUCGCCCUUUUCUUCAACUCCACCGCCCCCCUCUAUAAACUAUGGCGCUCCGCAGACUCCAAGCAGAACUGGCAGACCUGAACAAGAACCCUGUUGAGAAUGUCAGCGUUGGACCUGUUGAUGACAGCAAUGUGCUCCACUGGCGAGGCCAGAUCAUCGGACCUAACAACUCGCCUUUCAAGGGUGGCAUCUUUAAGAUUGACCUCCAAUUCAACACCGACUAUCCUUUUAAGCCUCCAAAGGUCAAGUUCUUGACAAAGAUCUAUCAUCCAAACAUCGAUGACGAGGGAGCCAUCUGCGUGGCAUUGCUCAAGAACGACCAGUGGAAGCCAGCAACACGUAUCAACCAGGUCUUGCGCGCACUGGUGACGCUUCUGGAGCAGCCCAACCCGGACGACCCGUUGAUGACGGAUAUUGCCGAGAUUUACUCCACAGACCAGGCAAGGUUCCAGAAGACCGCCAAGGAAUAUACCAAGAAGUUCGCCACGUGAAAGCAAUUGGUGGAUCAGUUUAUCGAUCGCAACUAGCCUCACUCGAGUUGUUCGCCCGCAACACUGGACACAUAACCCUUGGCGCUUUCAUCUCUUUCUUCUGCACUUUUUUUCUUCAUCAUCCCCUUUAUCAUUCAUUGUCAAUAAAAAAACAUCGUUGUAUUUCAUUUA